AUGACUGUGAAGUUUCUUCAUAUUUCAGGAAGAUUUGCUAACACGAGUGUUUUUGAGGGCUUGUAUGGAUAUAAUUCGCGUCCACAUCGAGCCGUCCACAAAGACUUUACACGUCGUAUAAUAUUUGAAUUUAUAAAACAAUACUACUCAAAGCCCAAUCCUCAGAUCAACGAUGGCUCUACCACCUCCGCUUCCCCAAGGGCCAAUCUACCACCCAACGCUGCCGUCAUCUCCCUCGACUACUUCAAAGCUCCCAACGCCAAAUUCCCUCAACUCAUCAACGAAUUAACCGAUAUCGUGACCUCCAUCCUCGAAGACGAUUCUCUCCCAUUCGUCCGCUCUAAAGUAGCUAUUGGCGGUUUCAGCGCUGGCGGAUGUUGUUCUCUCGCAGUUCCACAAGCUUCCUCUCUUCAAGGCAAAAUCCAGAGCGUAUGUGCAUUCUACCCCGUGUGUGGAUUUGUGACGCCGCAAUUCGUCUCGAUUGCAGCGAGACCUUCUUAUGCGCCUAAAGAUGGUCUGGAACAUAUGAGUCCACUAUUCAAAUAUGCGUAUAUACGUCCUGGAACGGAUUUGUGUGAUUCGAGACUUGGUGUUACGUAUGUGGAUAGAAAGAUGUUGCCGGAGAAAAUUUGUAUGGUAGGGUGUGAGUUGGAUAUGUUGUGGUAUGAUGCUGAGUUCAUGGCGGAGAGGUUUGUGGGAAGGAGAGGAUGGAGGGCGAGACCGUUUGGGAGAAGGAUGGGGUGA